AUGGCUGGCUACCGGCUGGAGUUUAAGCAGAACUAUGCAAUCAACUUAACCCUGCAGCUCUAUACCAGACUUGCAAUCAGGCAACUCUCAACACAUCAUUCCAGAUUUGGAUUCUCAGGCCUGCUGGUUACAGACUCCUCCCCCAAGUGCACAAUUGAAGUUGCAGUGACCCAGAUUCCUCCACCAGCAAUUAGUCAAAACUUCCUGGCUCCUGUCAAUGAUACCACCAACAGAAGGUGCCAAGAAUGGACAAUGGAUUAUGUAUGCUGUCUAGUCCACCAUCAAUAUAUCAAUGAAAAUGUGAUCCAGAUUGUUCAGUCUGCAUGUGAUUCUCCAAAUCAUGGUGUUGGCUUGAACCUGGUUGGCGGCGGGUGUGGUUGA